GGCUACCACCAGCGCAACCUGAAGGCCUCACCAAACGUGUCCUACAAGUCAGAUGACACGUUGAACUUUCGUGACGCUGAUAUGCAAAAUAUCCUUCCAUCCAUCCCUCUCGAUUUUCAAUUGCAAAGCAGAGCAGAGCUACUCUCUUCCUGAAUCCCACUCCCGCUUCCAGUUACCGUGGUUGUCUUAGGUUUGUUUUGGAAGAAACAUUGAAGGCCCUUAUAGUGAAGAGAAUUGCAAAAUUUGAUCCAACAUGGAGCGCAAGCAGGAUGAAGUUCUGCAUGAUAAGGAUGAAAACCAGACAAGGAAUGAGGAAGGUGUAACAUAUCAAAUUCCUGUUUUGAAACCGUUCUCAAGUUCUCCAGAUAUUGAAGUGCAAUUAGCUAAUGCGGUUGAUUGGGGAGGUGGAAAACACAUUGCACCUUCUGGAGAUAUAGAUGCCUCUGGUGAAGUAAACAUGGAGGCAUCAAUAACACCUGAUGACGUUAUACGGGCUGGAGGCUUUGGUGCCAGAGAUGAUAUAAGUAGUUUUCUUCCUGUCGCUAGUGAUUCUACUGAUUUUGAAGCUACCAUACGUGAUGCCCGAGACUAUGAAGAACCACAGGGAGAUAUCUGUAGACCAGGUCUUGGCUGGACGAAAAGCUAGAGGAACAAAAUAACUGUGUUGUUGCUGGUUUACCAGCCUGUCAUAUAUGUAAGUUUUGUUCUACUUCAAAUGUUACUGCUCUUUGGUUCUUCAAGUUCAAGGAAUGCUCAGAAUAUGUUAUCGUAAAAGUUGGGCAUAUAUCGGUCAGAGAUGUACUUUAAUCCUUUGAUUGUAUGAUAUUUCCUUGGAUAAGAUAACAUGGCACCUUGUGCAUGGAACUAACUUGGAAAGUAAACGUAGGCAUCAUUUUGCGUAAUAUGGUA